AUGGAGAUGUCCUACUGCUCUUCUCUCCAGCUCCAGGAUAAUUCUUUCCUGUUUGACUGCGAGUCCCUGCUGGACAAGUCUUAUGAUCCUCUGGCCUACGAUCCAGCUUCAGACGCUGGGUACUUCAGCGCUGGGAGCAGCCUGUCUCCCACCUCUUCUGUGGACUCCUUCUGCUUCUCCCCCGCCUCCCUCCAGACUGCCGGAAGCAAACAGAACCCUUUGGACUGUUUCAUCUUCAACAGCCCGACAGCACCUCAUCCGACCCAUGAGUCACAGAGUCUGCCCUGCUCCAGUUCUGCCACAACCGCCUCUGCAACAAGGAAAUCCAGGUCCAGGUAUCCAGGAAAGAAGCGGGAGACAGCCAGCGAGAGGGAGAAGCUGAGGAUGAGGGAUCUGACCAAGGCCAUGCAGCACCUCAGGACAUACCUGCCGCCCUCAGUGGCACCAGCUGGACAGACCCUGACCAAGAUCGAGACACUGCGCCUCACCAUCCGCUACAUCUCCUACCUGUCAGAUCAGCUGGGCAUCAGCGAGGAGGCGCUGGAGCAGAGGAGAUCGUCAGGCUUUGUGAAGCAGCCCCAGACCUUGAGCCAGUUUCUGGGUCAGCCAGCAGCCAGCUGCAGCCCACAAGAACCAGACUGUACCAUCAUGGGCACAGCCCCUCUGCAGCCCUCAUAUCAGGUCUCGAGUGGAGUUUGUUUCAGCAGCGAGCAGUACUGGAUGCCUCAGCAGCAGCAGCAGCAGCAGCUACAACACAAUGCCUUCUCUUCACAGUGCUGAGAGACACAGCAACCGAUACACUAAAC